AUGUCAUCCAAUGUUCACAAUGAGACUGAUGUGAAGACUACAUCGGGUGUAGUGAGGGGUCAGACAAUACAAGUGCUCAAUACAAAUGUGUUUCAAUUUUUGGGUAUACCUUACGCCGAACCACCAGUCGGUGCGCUUAGUGAGGACUGUUUGAUACUAAACAUAUGGACACCUAAUGUGGGAAACAAUAACUCAUCAAAACCUACACCACUUAAAUCCGUUAUGUUUUGGAUACACGGCGGGGGGUUUGUUUGGGGGUCGAGUGAUAUGUUUAACGGCGGACCAUUGGCUACACAUGAUGUGGUAGUUGUUGCCAUAAACUAUAGAUUAGGUUACUUUGGUUUCUUAUACGGGGAAAGGGAGGAUGCACCUGGAAAUCAGGGCUUAUAUGACCAGUUAUUGGCACUCCAAUGGGUGAGAGAUAAUAUCCAUGCAUUUGGUGGGGAUAGGAAUCAGAUCACUAUAUUUGGUGAGAGCGCCGGUAGUUGGUCCGUAUCGGCACACAUAUUAUCUCCCCUAUCAAAGGGACUGUUUAAGAGGGCUAUUAUGCAAAGCGGGGCCCAUAUGUAUAAUAAGGACAGGGAUGUGAUCAGUAAAUCUGAAGCUUUGAAAGAAGGCAAACAAAAAGCAAAAGACUUGGGUUGUAGUGAAUCUGAAGAUUGGGUUCAGUUUUUGCGAAAUGUAAACCCUCGGGAACUGGUGGAUGGCAAUAAACCGGUCACAUUCCCAGUGUUUGGCACUGAGUUUCUGCCCCUUUCAGCACAAAAGGCAUUUCAAACUAAUCAAUUCAACUCA